AUGUCUAACGAAAUUGCCGAACUGGAGACCAAAUGGCAACGUUUCUGGGAUGAUAAUGAGGUCUUUAAGGCAGAAGAAGGUGGAGAAUUUGAACGGGAAAUUGCCCACGCACUGCCAGGUGAGUUGUCUAACCAGCAGCCAUCGGAGGAAAAACACAUGAGAGAUAAUUAUACCAAUAGACCCAAGUUCUAUGGACUUUGUAUGAUACCUUACCCAUCAGGAGAUGGGUUACAUGUGGGACAUCUCCUGGGUUAUACCGCGUUGGAUGUAAUAUGCCGGUACAAACGGAUGAAGGGGUACCGUGUACUCUGUCCUAUAGGUUGGGAUUCCUUCGGACUACCAGCAGAACGAUAUGCCGAACAGGUCAAUCGAGAUGUUAGGGAAGUUACAAAAGAAAACAUAGAGAAGUUCAAAUCACAAGUCAAACGAAUGGGAUUCGCUUACGACUGGUCUCGGGAACUGGCAACCAGUGAUCCAAAAUACUACAAAUGGACACAGUGGAUGUUCCAACGGUUUCAUGAAUGCGGCAUAGCAUAUAGAGAUAAGCAAAUGGUUAAUUGGUGCCCAGAGCUAAACACGGUGCUCGCAAAUGAGGAAGUCAAAAAUGGACUCUCAGAACGCGGUGGCUACCAGGUCUACCGCAAGGGCGCGGAGCAGUGGUUGUUACGGAUAUCUCAGUAUGCCAAGAGGUUAACAGAAGGUCUUGACUCGUUGGAAUGGCCUUCGGCAAUUGUCGACGCGCAAAAAAAGUGGAUAGGGCUGGAACAUGGGUAUAAGGUUACCUUUAGAUUGGAAAACAGUGAUCAUGCAACAAUUGCCUUAUAUGGUUUUGAAACAGAUUUAGAACGUAUUAAGAAUGUGGAAUGUAUUGAAGUCACCGUGGAUAUGGAUAAUCUAUCGGAUUUCGUCCAUCCAUCAGCCGCGGGACGUGUGGAAAAUCUGGUACAAAAUGCUUCCAAAAUGUCAAACUUGGAACGAUACGAUAACAAGUUGCUAGAAGAUACUGGAGUGCGGGUGUUGAACCCUAUUACCGGGCAGCCGAUAAAAGUAUUCGUCACAAAUACACCCUUGCUUUUUUCAAAACCGAUUAAUUGCCGGAUCGUCUCACGGAACCUCACACAAAGCAAUGAUACAGACCUAGGAAAUAACGUCACUCCUAAAGAACACGGAGUGAGUGGAUUGGACCCCAGUAACACUUGUAGUUUGAUAAAUGUCGAAGUCAAAAAUAGCUAUACAGGCAGUGAUACACAGCCCGUAGGAUCACAUGAACGUGGGCCUGAUAUAGAACCAUUCGUCAAUGUGAAGAUGAAAGAUUGGAUAUUUAGUCGAUGUAGAUACUGGGGAGAACCCAUACCGUUGAAACGACAUGAUGGGCAAUACAUACCGGUAGACGAAGAGUUAUUGCCACUAGAAACGGGACCGGAACACGAAGAAACGAUGCCACAGUGGGCUGGAUCGUCAUGGCACUAUUUACGAUUCUGUGACCCGUCAAAUGAUAAACUACCCUUUGAUAAAAAUCGAGCAGAGACGUGGAUGCCUGUCGAUCUCUAUGUGGGAGGAACGGAACAUACAGUUUCACAUCUGCUAUAUGCCAGAUUUUGGAACAAGGUGCUUUUCGAUUUGGGCAUUUCGCCCGUGGAGGAACCAUUCAAAAGGAUACUUUUGCAUGGCAUAAUAAGGAAUGCGACUUUCUCGGUCAACGGACAACCCAUAGAUCCGCAGCUGGUAGUGAAACACAAGGGGCGCUAUGUACUGCAAGAGGAUCAGAAAACGGAAGUAGAUGUCAAACUAGAAAAAAUGUCUAAAUCUAAAAACAACGUAAUAUCUCCGGAUGAUAUUAUUGAUAAUUACGGGGCAGAUGCACUGAGGCUACACCUACUGUUCCUCGGGCCGAUACGAAAAGAUAAGGUCUGGUCUGAAGAUGGUUUGGCUGGUGUAGCUAAACUAUUAGAUCGUAUAUAUGACUUAUUCAGGAACGUUGUAAUCACCGAAAACAGUGACACCACAACUGAAGUGAAUAAGCUGGUGGAGGAUAUUACUUGGGAUAUUGAAAAUCAUCAUUUUAAUCUGGCUGUAGCUAGCUUUUUCAAGUUCUGUACAUAUCUUGAAAAUAUAACCAAGAACGGAACUAUGGAGCGGAAUGUCGCUAAUACCUUUCUGCGAUUGUUGGCGCCAUUUGCCCCGCACCUUGCCGAGGAGCUCUGGCAUCUGUUAAACCCAAAUUUCAUAGGAUCUAUACUAAACACGUCAUUUCCGCUGGCUGUUCUGUAA